UGGCCCCGAACGCGGUCCCGCCCGGCGCUUUCCUUUGCGGAGCUGCGGCGAGAGCGUCGCCCGGCCGAACGGGCGCGGGACGCGGAGCCCCCGACGGCGCGGAGAGCGGGCGCGCCCGCGCUCCCCGCACCCCGCCUGGCCCUGCCGGCCACCCGCGCGCGCAGCCUAGUCCCCCAGCGCCCUGCUCCGCCCGCGCCCCGUCCCGCCCGCACAACCCCGCGAUGCGGCACGGCGUCGCCUGGGCGCUGCUGGUGGCCGCGGCCCUGGGGCUUGGGGCGCGCGGGGUGCGCGGCGCGGUGGCCCUCGCCGACUUCUACCCGUUUGGCGCCGAGCGCGGCGACGCCGUCACCCCCAAGCAGGACGACGGCGGCUCGGGGCUGCGGCCGCUCUCGGUGCCCUUCCCGUUCUUCGGUGCCGAGCACUCCGGACUCUACGUGAACAACAACGGCAUCAUCUCUUUCCUGAAGGAGGUUUCUCAGUUCACCCCAGUGGCCUUCCCCAUUGCCAAGGACCGCUGCGUGGUGGCAGCCUUCUGGGCAGAUGUGGACAACCGGCGUGCAGGUGACGUGUACUACCGGGAGGCCACCGACCCAGCCACGCUGCGCCGAGCCACGGAGGAUGUCAGGCGCUACUUCCCCGAGCUCCUGGACUUCAGCGCCACCUGGGUUUUUGUUGCCACCUGGUACCGAGUGACCUUCUUUGGAGGCAGUUCCUCAUCCCCUGUCAACACAUUCCAGACUGUGCUCAUCACAGACGGCAAGCUCUCCUUCACCAUCUUCAACUAUGAGUCCAUCGUGUGGACCACAGGCACACACGCCAGCAGCGGGGGCAACGCCACUGGCCUCGGGGGCAUCGCAGCCCAGGCUGGCUUCAACGCAGGCGAUGGACGGCGUUACUUCAGUGUCCCCGGCUCGCGCACAGCAGACAUGGCCGAGGUGGAGGCCACCACCAACGUGGGUGUGCCCGGGCGCUGGGCGUUCAGAAUCGAUGAUGCCCAGGUGCGCGUGGGGGGCUGCGGCCAUACAACCUCCGUGUGCCUGGCCCUGCGCCCCUGCCUCAACGGCGGCAAGUGCAUCGACGACUGCGUCACGGGCAACCCCUCCUACACCUGCUCCUGCCUCUCGGGCUUCACGGGGCGGAGGUGCCACCUGGACGUGAACGAAUGUGCCUCCCAGCCCUGUCAGAAUGGCGGGACCUGUACUCACGGCAUCAACAGUUUCCGCUGCCAGUGCCCGGCCGGCUUUGGGGGAUCCACCUGUGAGACAGCCCAAUCCCCCUGUGACACCAAAGAGUGUCAACAUGGUGGCCAGUGCCAGGUGGAGAACGGCUCUGCGGUGUGUGUGUGCCAGGCUGGAUACACCGGAGCAGCCUGCGAGACAGAUGUGGACGACUGCAGCCCUGACCCCUGCCUGAAUGGAGGUUCUUGUGUUGACCUAGUGGGGAAUUACACCUGCUUGUGUGCAGAGCCCUUCAAGGGACUUCGCUGUGAGACAGGUAACUGGCCAAGGAAUGAGAACAGAGGUGAAAACCCAAAGGUGCCAUUGGAGCUGGGCGGGGAGACCACUCUCCCCACACUCCCUGUGUGGCCGCUGGUGACUGCUGUCUUUCUUGCAGGAGACGCCUGCCUCUCGGCCCCUUGCCAUAAUGGGGGCACCUGUGUGGAAGCAGACCAGGGCUAUGUGUGCGAGUGCCCCGAAGGCUUCAUGGGCCUGGACUGCAGGGAGAGAGUCCCCAAUGACUGUGAGUGCCGCAACGGAGGCAGAUGCCUGGGCACCAACACCACCCUCUGCCAGUGCCCCCCGGGAUUCUUUGGGCUUCUCUGUGAAUUUGAAAUCACAGCCAUGCCCUGCAACAUGAACACACAGUGCCCAGACGGGGGCUACUGCAUGGAGCACGGCGGGAGCUACCUCUGCGUCUGCCACACUGACCACAAUGCCAGCCACUCCGUGCCAUCACCCUGCGACUCAGACCCCUGCUUCAACGGAGGCUCCUGCGAUGCCCAUGACGACUCCUACACCUGCGAGUGCCCGCGCGGGUUCCACGGCAAGCACUGCGAGAAAGCCCGGCCACACCUGUGCAGCUCAGGGCCCUGCCGGAACGGGGGCACGUGCAAGGAGGCGGGCAGCGAGUACCACUGCAGCUGCCCCUACCGCUUCACUGGGAGGCACUGUGAGAUCGGGAAGCCAGACUCGUGUGCCUCUGGCCCCUGUCACAACGGCGGCACCUGCUUCCACUACAUUGGCAAAUACAAAUGUGACUGUCCCCCAGGCUUCUCCGGGAGGCACUGCGAGAUAGCCCCCUCCCCCUGCUUCCGGAGCCCGUGUGUGAAUGGGGGCACCUGCGAGGACCGAGGCACGGAUUUCUUCUGCCACUGCCAAGCAGGGUACAUGGGACGCCGGUGCCAGGCAGAGGUGGACUGCGGCCCCCCAGAGGAGGUGAAGCACGCCACACUGCGCUUCAACGGCACGCGGCUGGGCGCAGUGGCCCUGUAUGCAUGUGACCGCGGCUACAGCCUGAGCGUCCCCAGCCGUGUCCGGGUCUGCCAGCCACAUGGUGUCUGGAGCGAGCCUCCCCAGUGCCUCGAAAUCGAUGAGUGCCGGUCUCAGCCGUGCCUGCAUGGGGGCUCUUGUCAGGACCGUGUCGCUGGGUACCUGUGCCUCUGCAGCACAGGCUAUGAGGGCGCCCACUGUGAGCUGGAGAGGGAUGAGUGCCGAGCUCACCCCUGCAGAAAUGGAGGCUCCUGCAGGAACCUACCGGGGGCCUAUGUCUGCCGGUGCCCUGCAGGCUUCGUCGGAGUCCACUGUGAGACAGAGGUGGACGCCUGCGACUCCAGCCCCUGCCAGCACGGAGGCCGGUGUGAGAGCGGCGGCGGGGCCUACCUGUGCGUCUGCCCAGAGAGCUUCUUCGGCUACCACUGCGAGACAGUGAGUGACCCCUGCUUCUCCAGCCCCUGUGGGGGCCGUGGCUACUGCCUGGCCAGCAACGGCUCCCACAGCUGCACCUGCAAAGUGGGCUACACGGGCAAGGACUGCGCCAAAGAGCUCUUCCCACCGACGGCUCUCAAGAUGGAGAGAGUGGAGGAGGCCGGGUUCUCCAUCUCCUGGAACCCGCCCGACGGCCCAGCCGCCAGGCAGAUGCUUGAUGGCUACGCGGUCACCUACGUCUCCUCCGACGGCUCCUACCGCCGCACGGACUUUGUGGACAGGACCCGCUCCUCGCACCAGCUCCGGGCUCUGGCGGCUGGCAGGGCCUACAACAUCUCCGUCUUCUCGGUGAAGCGCAACAGUAACAACAAGAAUGACAUCAGCAGGCCUGCCAUGCUGCUGGCCCGCACGCGACCCCGCCCUGUGGAAGGCUUCGAGGUCACCAAUGUGACGGCUAGCACCAUCUCAGUGCAGUGGGUCCUGCACAGGAUCCACCAUGCCACCGUCAGUGGGGUCCGCGUGUCCAUCCGCCACCCUGAGGCCCUCAGGGACCAGGCCACCGAUGUGGACAGGAGUGUGGACAGGUUCACCUUUGGGGCCCUGCUGCCUGGGAGGAGGUACACCAUCCAGCUGACCACCCUCAGUGGGCUAAGGGGAGAGGAGCACCCCACGGAGAGCCUGGCCACUGCGCCGACGCACGUGUGGACCCGGCCCCUGCCUCCAGCAAACCUGACCGCCGCCCGAGUCACUGCCACCUCUGCCCACGUGGUCUGGGAUGCCCCGACUCCAGGCAGCUUGCUGGAGGCUUAUGUCAUCAAUGUGACCACCAGCCAGAGCACCAAGAGCCGCUAUGUCCCCAACGGAAAGCUGGUGUCCUACACCGUGCGCGACCUGCUGCCGGGACGGCGGUACCAGCUCUCCGUGACAGCAGUGCAGAGCACGGAGCUGGGGCCGCUGCACAGCGAGCCCGCCCACCUCUACAUCAUCACCUCCCCCAGGGAUGGCGCCGACAGACGCUGGCACCAGGGAGGACACCACCCUCGAGUGCUCAGGAACAGACCGCCCCCGGCGCGCCUGCCGGAGCUGCGCCUGCUCAAUGACCACGGCGCCCCCGAGACCCCCACCCAGCCCCCCAGGUUCUCGGAGCUUGUGGACGGCAGAGGAAGAGUGAGCGCCAGGUUCGGCGGCUCACCCAGCAAAGCAGCCACCAUGAGAUCACAACCCACAGCCUCGGUGCAGCUCGAGAACACGGAGGAAGCUCCCAAGCAGGUCAGCCUGACCCUCCAGCUCCCUGAACACGGCAACAAGGACAUCGGAAAUGUCCCUGGCAACUGUUCAGAAAACCCCUGUCAGAACGGAGGCACCUGUGUGCCAGGCGCAGACACCCACCGCUGUGACUGCGGGCCAGGGUUCAAAGGCAGAAGCUGCGAGCUCGCCUGUGUAAAGGUGUCCCGCCCCUGCACAAGGCUGUUCUCCGAGACAAAGUCCUUUCCAGUCUGGGAGGGAGGCGUCUGUCACCACGUGUAUAAAAGAGUCUACAGAGUUCACCAAGACAUCUGCUUCAAAGAGAGCUGUGAAAGCACAAGCCUCAAGAAGACCCCAAACAGGAAACAAAGUAAGAGUCAGACACUGGAGAAAUCUUAAGGAUUUAAGACGUUCUUGUUACACUCCACCAACCUCACGAGUUUCUAACACCCAGGAAGAUGAGGUCUAAAAACUGGAUGAAAAAGGACACCGUGAGAGAAAAGGUCCUAGCUGGAGUCAGUCCCCUCUGUGACCUCUCUCCUCAGGCCUCUAGAGGACAGAUGGCCAGGCCUGUGCACACACCAGCCCACCCUGAGAGACCCCUCUGGGACCAACCACCUACGAGUCCUGCGAUGCAUUUAAGCAGCCUGUGCCCUCACCCAGGCUGCAGUUCCUGAAGGUGUGGUCUGUGCCUCUGCGGAUGAGAUGACAGCUCACCAUUCCCCAAGAUUAGUGAGGCUGUCAGUCAGCCACCCUUCUGCAGUAUGCAGAAACCUGUUGUUAGACUCCAGAGCCAGAGAAAGGAUUCUCCCUUCGAGGCCUAACAAAUUGAGAAGGAACUGUGAUGGACCACUUCCAAAACAGAGACGGGGCAGGGGCUGAAGGGCAGAGACCAGGUGAUACCAGAAGGAAAGCCGGGUUGCAGACACCGCCGCCCCUGCUGUGGUCCCCCAGCAAGUUUAUGACGCUCGUGCAGGUUGACGAGCCAUCCUACGGACUAGUACAAUUUGGAAGAGUUAACACCAGGUGGAGUUCAGACUCUUUUAGACAACAGCGCGACUGGCAGCCUUUCUCUAUAAAGGGUCAGAUAGUAAACAUUUUCAGCUUUGCAGACGAGAGGUCCCCGUGGCUACAGUAGCGCAGACACAGCCGCAGGCAUGUAAUUGAAUGGCUGUGGCUAUGUUCCAAUAAAAACUUAUUUACAAUAACAGGUGGUGGCCAAAUUGGCCUUAUUUGGUGAACCCUGUUCUAUGAGAUCACCUAGGCUUCAGCCUUAAACAAUGGAAGCCAUCCCCUGAAUGACAAGUCACAAGGGUAUCAAAGAAAGACCCCUGAAUUUUCAUGGAAAAAGCUAUCCAGACCCCUGCUUGGAAAGCUAAGGCACACUGCCACAAAGCAGCAAGGACACCUUACAAGUCUCAGUGCGACAGAUGGACACCUGGGCUGGGCUGGGCAAUGUUUAAGGUUCCUUUUAGUCCAUGACUCAAGUAAUGCUGUUUUAGGCUAUCAGGUAGUAAACACAGUCUUAGACAUCCCCAUCUUCGUAAGCAGAACAGUACGGCACCUCACCACAUCUGCUUCCCACCGUGCUUCUAAGCAGCUGUCUUCCCCCUGCUAAUGUUACAACCAGAGCAGCCAUCCCACCUCCUCUCGUGUUGAGCCUCAUGAUGGCUGACCCAGCUGGAAAGCCAGUGCCCUGCCGCGUCGCCCUGACUCUGCUCAGAGCCAGCAUUCCAGCCACAAAGAGGGCCUCCUUCCUUUCAUCUUUUAUAAAAAUGUUUUUUGAAGAGUUAGAGUAUAUUUUAGGCUUUUUAUCUUUAUUAAAAUUUCAUGUGCAUG